GUGUAAUUCUCCCACGCCACUUUGAACCACAAUCGUCACCAUUUAUGUCAUGAAAAGCAGGGGAGAAAACUGGGUCAUGCUGGGUAGUUGUACUUGGUGCCAGUUUGAGUCCAUCUGUUCUGAAUGUUCCUCUCACCAAGACAUUUAGUAACACCUGUCACUUAAUUAAAGUCAGAGCCUGAAUUAUUCCUCAGUUGCUACAGGGCCAAAUAUGUCAUAAGACAGAACUGACGUCCCCUCUGCUGAAGCUACAUGACGUUGAGCUCAUUUUGCGUGUGGUCACUUCCUUGAAGUCGUUUGAUUACGUUUCGGUGAGGAGCCUGAUGUGUGCGGUUUAACGGGGCCAUCAUGGCCGAAACGAAUAGACCUCAAGUUGCCUUCAGAUACCCGUGACACGGUCUGCAGACAGACCACUUAUUGAGUCUGAUGGCCUCCAGCGUAAUUGGCUCUAGACCUUUGGAGGCACACAAAUGGCUGGGGGAGUUCGGCAUGAACACUGAGCACUUUAUAGCCCGUCACAGUCAUGAGCUGGUUCUUCAAUACCGGGUGAAAGUGAUGGGAAGAACUACCAUACGCUGUAUGUUUGCUGUUAGGGAUAAAUAGCGGCAUGGUACAUCAGGCUGAUGCCAUUUUUCUUUCACACUGAGGCAAGCUGAAUCCGAACUGCUGUAAUCAUUUGCUGCAGAACUGUUUUGGGCGCAGCGUUGCUUUCCUCUUCAAGUUUUAUGGCAGUAAAUUAGAUUAGCAGUACAAAAUGACGUUCUUUCUUUUGACUUGGAAUCAAAGAAUGAGAUCUCUCCUCUUCACUUUCUGUUGCUUUUCAGUUGUGCGCCUGGACGCCUCGGAGGUUCUGGAGGCGAGCGGCCAUGUUGGAGGAAACGUCUCCAUCCACUGCUUCAGUAGCUGGUCUCCACUCAACGUCUCUGAGCUCCACGGCGCACAUUUCUGCAAAGGGGUCUGCUCCGGCGAAAACACCAUCAUUCAGAUGGAGGUGACGAGCUCUGCCGUGACACGGGACGGGAGAUACAGCAUGGAGUCUAAUGGAGGAGAUGGGGUCUUCACCGUCACAAUAAACCGGCUGAGGAAAGCCGAUGCUGGGAGCUACCUCUGUGGAAUGGCGAGAACCUUGAACGUCACGUACCAGGAAGUUAGGCUAAAAGUUGUAGAUGCUUUCACUGUUCCAGCUGGAUCCUCUGUAACUCCGAGUAGCGUCCUGCCGACGGGGCUACUCUCUCCCAGAGGUGGCUUUUCAAGCGGCGGAGCAUCCGACGAACCAAUCACGCUGCCACCUUCAGGGAGGAAGAGAAGACAGAAAGAAGCAAACAACUUCACAGACACAAUGGUUGUUAUAAUCGUCUCUGGCAGCGUGGCCUUUCUGGUUUGUGCCAUUAUUCCUCUGAUAUUCUACAGACACUGGCGGAACAUGGGCGGUGAGAACAGACUGUCGGAGAACAAAAAUGAGGACGACUGCUGUCAGGAAAACGUAGAUACUGCCUCCACUCAGGUCGCAGUUGGGGUUCAGACUUCUGAAGAAGACGAUCAUCCAGGAUCUGGUGCAGACGAUGGUCUCCGGUAUGCGGCUGCGUACGAGGGGCUGGAUCCCAGAAGCCUUGAAUGAGCAGGAGUUACUCUGUUUCUGUGCAGCUUUUUAGUUUAAAAAUUGCUAACUGUAUG